UGAGAUGGCCGGCUAACUGCAGUGAAGAGUUAUCUUUGCGUCGUCAGUGUUGUCGUCUGCCGACACUUCUGUGAGUGUUGUUUGUUUCUGUCGGUCGGGUAGACGCGGUAAACAGACAGACUUUUUGUGAGUUAGAAAAAUGUCGGCUAAGCUAAAUGUUCAUUUGCAAGAAGUUCCAAGGACCUUCCCCACUUUUCAAAGGCCUGAGGUAUUAGGUUACUACAGUCUCAACACAGAGCGUCAGUUUUGUGAUGACUUAUCAGAAUUAAAGUAUCUUGUUCCCCACCACAGACGGAAACGAAAACACAACCUUAAUUACAAGAUUGAAGAUAUUGUUAAGAAAGAUGAGGAUGUCAAUGAGAGACUGGACACGAUAUUGCAGUGGAUUCUCCGCAAUGCUCAUAAUUUGAAAGAUGACAGCGGAACUAGGUUACGCACAGAUUUUGUAUGCUUCCGUGGCCUUCUUACUAUGCUUAUUUGUACACCUUAUGAGACAAGAGAUGACUGGAUAAUAUGUGCAACAAAGUGGAAAGGUACAAUUUAUCUGUGUGCUUUUGAAACUGAAGAUGCAAAAAGACAGCGUUUGCAGGCCUCUGAACAUCAGAAGAAAUGUAUGGCUUGGGGCAGGAAAUUUGAGCAAUAUAUGGCAACAGCACGUCCUGGAGGCUGCCCAGAUAUAGAGCAGCCCAUUAAUGAGAAAGCAGAGUUUUGUGUGGCUUUCCAGUCAAAACUGAAAAAUCAUAGGCUUUUGUACUGUGCAGAAAUGGACUGUGUGAAAACAGAUACUGAGAUAAAAGACCUAAAAGAAUUACAGAAGACAGAAUUUGUGGAAAUAAAGACAAGCAGGAUCAUCACACAUCCAGGGCAAUACAGAAGUCUUAAAAGGUUCAAAUUCAUGAAGUGGUGGGCACAAAGCUUUCUGGUGAACAUAAAUUGUAUCAUUUGUGGAUUUCGUAAUGAUGAAGGUAUUGUAGAGGAAGUUCGAGAAUAUAUGGUUCCAGAGCUUGCCAAAACAUCGAAGGAUACAUGGAAUGCAGCAGCUGGUUUAAAUUUUUGUGAAACGUUUCUGGACUUUGUGAAAAAUACCAUAAAGGAGGAAUCCCUUGAAGUUGUGUGGAAGUUUGAUUGGGGUCCAAACAGAGAUGUCUGUGGAGUGAAGCUAACAGGCAUAACUGAUUUUUCCAUUCUUCCCCUAUGGUAUACAGACAACUUGAUCUUGUCUGCUUCAUAACACAAGGAGCUGUACACUGGUGAGACAGAAUGCAGUUUCCACAUUCAGAACAAAGGAUGUGUCAAUAUAUGUUGCUAUUAACUUCCUGGAACAUCUGCAAUAACAACAGUGCACACAAAAUAUAUUCAGCAUAGACAACACUGCAUAUUUUGAUGUGUGUGAAGGUCGCAUACUGGACUUACAGCAGUGGAUCACUUAGCGGUGCAAAUAUGAAUAGUACUUAAGUUUGCAGUCCAUUGUGAACAAGUCUACAUUGUUUAUUUUGUGGUUGGAAUUGACAUAUAUUUUGUAAAUAUUGACAGUAGGCUUUAACAUACAAUAUCUAAUGUAAUUCUAGUAGCUGUGGCAUUCUUUUUUGUUGCACUGCUCAAUAUGGCUAAUUGUUUUGGCAGUAUUUUAUCGGAUCUUUUGGUAAUUGUAUCAGAUCUUCUUUGACACACACAUCCGUUAUUGCGAUGUUAUUGUGUGUGGAGAUGGGAGUGAGCUCCCUUAAAUGCAUUAGAGUCAUGUAAUAAAACUGAGACUGAUCACAGAAAAGGUAA